AUGUUCAGCCGGGGUUGCGGGGUAAGCGCAAUGAGGCACCGCUACCGGCCAGAGCGGGAGAAGGAACGAGGGGAGUUUUUAGUCAGUCACGCCGGCCACGACGUAUUCGACAACCAAAACGAAAAUAAUAAUCUCAAAAACACUUGGUCAUUAUACAACUCUGAUGGACAAAUAGAACAUAAGCUGGACCUUAUCAAUAACUACAUUGAUAAGAGAGCGAAGCUGCACCUGAUUGGACACUCGAUUGGAGCCUGGCUACUCAUGGAACUUCUACACAAGAACGACUAUCUCCAAAAAAGGAUAUUGUCCGAGAAGUCGAUGCUGUUAGCUUUUGAGUGUAUGGAGAGAAUACAGGAGUUAAAUAUCUCGGCUAUUAAGAAAGUGCAGCAUAUGGCUAAUGUAUUAUACAGCACGGAUGAUAGAUGGGUACCAAUGCAUCAUAUACACGAUUUACAAAAGUUCACUCCACAGAUUGCGCUCCACCAAAUCGGCAAACGAGCCGACGGAUUACUUGAUGGUAAGCUAUUAGCGCCGCCCAUGGAAACCCGCAACGGAGGAGUUACGAGUGCGUUGCCGACCUUUUAG